AUGGUGCAGUUAAAUGACAAUAAGACAAUGCACCAGGUGCGGUUAUCGCCCUACCGUGACCCUUUAAUUGAGCUUGAUCUGAAGAAGAAAUACAACAUAACAGCAAUUCCUAAACUGGUGAUUGUGAAACAAACUGGAGAAGUCAUUACGGACAAGGGAAGAAAACAGAUCAGAGACAAAGGGCUAUCCUGUUUUCGGAACUGGCUUGAGGGUGCAGAUAUCUUUCAGAAUUUUUCUAGCUGA